GUAAUGCCAUUAUCGUUGUCUUCACAACAGGGACCACGAACUAUGGACGACAAUAAUAGGGGCUAGUUUACUAUUACUCAUUCAGUGGAAAUACGUGCAGGGAAAUAUGUAUGGAUGUGGAAAAUGUCCACGCACUGUUACAUAGGCUCUGUAAUCCGUCCAGGGUGAAUUUAUACGGUGAGUGUUACUGGAGGCGAAUUUCAGUCAUCUCUGUUAGCAUCUCAUCCCCAUGUCUGGUGCAAAUUUGCCCAAACAAUGGUGUGGAUUACUGGGAAAAGCUAUUUCAGACAGAGAUUGAGUCAGAGGAGUGAUUUGAUUCAAACUAGAGAAGAAAAAAAGAUAAUUAAAAUGAAGGUGCUGUAACGAAUCUGCUGUGGACCAGCGUUAUUUACUCGGCUAUUGCACAGCAGGCUAUCUUGUGUCAUUUUGUGACAGUAUCAGUGUUUGUUAAUUUGAUAUAUUGUGUCUUGCACAUGUUUAAAUGGCAGAACCAGUCCUCGCACAUACAUCUUAAGAAGGUGUGUCAGAUCUCUCACCAGGUUUGCUUCUUGUUUCCAGGUUAAUCUCAGUAUUUGCAGGUCCACUUUGGUGGCAGCAGCUCCAUCAGCUGAGAGCCAAACAGCCGAGUCCCUCGCCAUGGCCACAGCACGUUUCCCAGGGAAGGGUGUGGACACGACUCUCAUCAAUUUGACUCUUCCGACCGUGAGCCGUCCGGUGUGUGUUAACGGGACACCGUGGAUCCUCUACCUGUUGGAAGAGUGCGUGGAUAACAUGUGGGAGUACUGCAGCGUGGUGAUAGGGCUGAUAUCCAUGUUCUGUUUCCUGCUGUCCACUUUGCCGUAAGUUGUGAAGCAGCUGUGAUUUCAUUCAGAUUAAUCUAGUGUCAGAAAUUUUAGGUAGGCCUAGAUCCUCAUGUAAAGUAAUACGUUUAUGGAGAUUACUUAAAGGGAUAUUCCGGUGUAAAAUUACUGCUUGCUUCUCUAAUUAUACCAACUUUACUCGCUUGUUUGUAGCGAGACCUCAGGCCAGGCCAUGACGGCUCCUGCGGGGCGACGCAGCCCAAGGAAGAACAUUUGUGAUCAUUUCUUUAUCAUUUCCUUUAAGUAAUAAUCACCAUAUUAUUAAUCCUUUUGCACUGCAGACAGGUAGUUCUUCUGCCUUAGCGUCUCAGUCUGAUUGCAUUGCCAUGAAGAACGCCGGAAUAUCACUUUAAAGUCUUUGAAAAUAAUUUCUUAUCUAAGUCUGUGUGCUUUCUAGGCAAGUUUAUGAGGCCUAUAGGAAUGGUAAAGUGGAAGAGGCCAUGUCUUUUGGCUUUCUUAUUUUUCUCUUCGGUGGAGACCUGACCAGCUUUGCAGGUUGCUACCUCACCAGCCAGCUUCCCAUCCAGGUAAACACACACGCCCAAACUUAAUAAGGAAAAUAACAGAUCCCCUCUACAGCUUUGAGCCAGGAAUGUGAACUUGAUACCUCACAGGUCUUAAUUGUAGUAUUUUUAAUUUUGGCAAUGUAAUUUCCCUGUCUUGUCUCAAAAAAUAGUGAGUUUUGGCUAUCAGGACACAUUUUGUACAUGUCUCUUUUUGGUUGCAUGCUUUGGCAUCCUGCCAUAAUAACUCAUGUCAUAGCAAAAUCCAGUGAUUUAAAUAAUUGUGAAAUCUUCCUCUCCAUGCCCUUCUUUUAGGUAGUCACAGUGGUGUUCUACAUCUUUACAGACCUGAUACUCAUCUCCCAGUUUCUCUACUAUAAGAUCAAGAAUAGCUCCAGCAGAGGUAGGCCCUGAUCUCAUCGUCUCAGCUGUUGAAUCCAGGAGAAACUGACAUUAAAGUGCCCAUGUACUGUGCGAGUCAGUCAUUCAAAGAUCUCCAGCUUCAUAAAAAACACAGUUGUGAGGAAGAAUGUUAAAUUUAAGUUGCAUGACAGUAAGAAACAAAAGUUUGCUGUUGCUGUCUGCUCUAUGAAACACCCCUUACAUUUUUAUUCAUCAUCUGAAAAGCAAGCAGAGAAUGUGCCAAUAUAACACCAAUAACACUGUGAUAAUGAGCAUCUUAGUUGGAUGAUCAUUCGGAAUGGGAGAAAAAAUAGAUUCACAUAAGUAUCGCGAUUUUUUGUUUUACAGUUUUUAAAUCGAUUUUUAUGUUCAAACAUUUUUUUUUUUUAAAUUUAAGAAUAAACCUUCAAAACUGACUAUAUUGACAAAAUACAAAUGGUUGACAACAAACUUCCUGAUUAGACAAAAUCAUAAACUGAGACUUUUCCAAGACUGCACACAGUUCUGUGAAAUUUUCCCUUGAAAGCGUAUUUCAUCUUAACUGGACACAACAAAUUGCAUCUGUUGAACAUUGUUUGUGCUAAAUAACCACAAUGUUUGAGACUGGACUGAAUGUCAGUUCAUGACAACAGUUUGAUUUAAUUUAUUGGAUUAUUUUCAUAUCUACACUGUAUGUUUUUGUGUUGUGUUUCGAUAUGUGUGUGUGUCUAGAGAGCCCUAUGCUGAAGUGGCUGUGCUUGGUGUGGUGUGGUGCUGCUUCCUUAGUUCUCCUGGCUUUACCCAAACUCAUCGUAGACAACAGUACAACUGCAGACACAACGGUAGGUAGACUGUGUCUUCAAUGUAACAUCUACAUAUAGACAUAUCCUCGUGUAUAUAUAUAUAUUUUUUUCUAUGUGUGCUAAUACCUUGAAGUUUACAUAAAACAUGUUUAUAAUUUUUUUUUAUGAGUGUAACUUUGUUCAUUCUGCUGUGCUGUGACAACAUUUUGACCAUAGUCCCUAUCUCUCUCUCCUCUGCCAGAAUCUUUCUACCUCCCGAUCAGUGGAAAUCACUGGCUAUAUCUGUGGAUACCUGGCAUCUGUUUUCUACCUCUCCUCCCGUUUCCCCCAGCUUUAUAAAAAUGUAAGUCAGAUGUGAAGUCUGUGUCUUUCUCUUUCUGAAAUCUGGUUGCACAUGUGAAAAAUUUAAUUCCAGUAGGGGACACUGUCCUCAGGGUCUGAUGUAAGGAGGUCCAUGGAAAACUUUACCUAAUACAAGUCCAUUAGUUUAAAAACAGGAACUGUGUUUUUUGAUUUGUGGAAAGAUGAGAAAUGUAUGUGUUUGUUUGUGCCCACAGUACUUGUUUAUAAAUGAAAAGCAGAUGUUAAAGACAAUAGUGCUGUUGUGCUGGAGAAACAUCCUUGACUGCAGCUAUUAAUCACCAGAAGAGAUCAUCUUUCUGUGCAGAACAUGCCAGAGAAACUCCUGGGCACUCACAUAGACACUCGCUUCUUUACGAAUUGUAAAAUGUUUCAGUCAUAUUUCAACUAUCAAAUUCUUAUAUAUUAAACAAGCUUUCCUUGUGGUGAAAAACCUUAAGAAAAACCUUAUUCCACCAUCUCCCAUAUCAAAGUUUCUCAUUCAGCCUCUUUCCCUGUUAUUCAUGAUCAGCCCCAGUAUGACUAACACUUGCUCUUUCUCUAGUUUUGUUUGGGUCCGGUCCAUCUAGUAAUCGAAAUGAUAGUAUAUGGUGUUUCCAAGCAACAUUUUAAUAUUUUGGGGACAAAUUGAUUUCCGUGGCUAUAAUAAAAUAAAAAACUCCAUUAUCCAGUCAAGGUUAAACUGUAUUGCAAGUCCAGAUGAUGCUCUAAUCCCUGGUAACGUGCAAUUGAAAGUACUGAAGUACAAGUACUGAACUCUGCUAGCCUAUGUUAAUAAAAUACGCGGAGAGUGAAAAAUACUAUUCUGUAUCAUAGACUGUAUAUAGAAUGGACGUCCUUUGCCUCCUUGCUGGGGGAAGCCUCUGCAAGAACAGCACCCCCUGGUGACUGGUUACAGUGUAGGUCAUAAACCCCGCCUCCUCCAACAAAAUAAAGGGAGCUGUGGACAAACUUUGAAAAUUAACUGUAAGUCAUAUCAAUUUUUCUCCCCCUGGUUGUGAUGUUGACAUGUAGUUAUUGUAAGACUGAUCUUUGUUUAGGUCCUCUUUUUCUGUGCAGAUCCAUUUUUUUUAAGUUAUUAGGGGUUAUAAAAACGGUAUAUGACGUCAGAUUUUCUGUGAAUGACACUUGCAGUUCCUGCAUAGUUCUUUUGUGAAUAUCGAGACUACGUAGAGAUUCCAUUUAUUUCCCUGAAGAUAAUGAUUAACCAGCCCACCAAGUAAUAGAUCAUAUCUUUAUUUUCAGUACUUAUGGUAAAAUUUUGAUCUUCUCAUUUAAAAAUCGAGUUCAUUGACAAAUUAAACAUAAUAAGACGAGAAGUGGAACUUACUCAGUCCUUUCAAAAGCCUCAGAAGUUUUUGGUGUAAGCAUUCAGUCUAUGAGCAUAAGAAGGUUACGCGGAUCUUCUGGGGAGUACACAGUUCUGAGCAGAGCGUCAUCACAGCGAUUCUCCCGCCAAAUGCUACAGCACAAAUGCUGGUUUCAGGAAAUUGAGAAAAUUCUGUAAAUAUGGGGAGUAUUUUGGCUUCAAAUUUGUACAAUGACUGGAGGCAGUGUCGUGUUGUCCAUUCUAUAUACAGUCUAUGUUCUGUAUUAAGAUGUUGUCAGAUACUGACUUUGACAAAAAGACAGUGUUGGCUUUCUUCAUCAGUGUCUGGUGCGAUAAUAGAGACAAUACAGUCUUUCUCAGUAGAAUGAAUUUAUAGAUCUUCAUCACCCCGGAGGAGCUGUCGAUAGCAUCAAAGGCUACAAAUAAGCAAGUUCUGUUUUGGUGUUGUCGUGGUUGUCUGUAUCUGUCUGGAGCAUAAUAUCACUGUCAUACACUGGUUGUCAUAAAAGGAACUGAAACCCAGUCUAUGGUAAACGUGGUUUACCCUUACUGAGGUUUUCACAUACUGUAUAUAGUUAGCAGGAAAACAUUACACUCAGUCACAAGACAAACAGUGUGCACAAGUCCAGAGCAGAUACUGCUUUUUUUCAUGAAAUGUUUCUUAUUGUAUCCAAUUUAGUACCAGCGACAGUCCACGGAGGGCACCUCUUACCUGCUGUUUGCCCUGGCUAUGAUGGGUAAUGGGACAUAUGGGUUAAGUGUUGUCGUGGUCCUUCCUGCACUAAGGGGCUCAAAGCAGUCCUUCAUCAUCAAACACUUGGCCUGGCUUAUCGGCAGCUUGGGAGUCCUCAUACUCGACUUCCUUGUAUCCUUUUCACACUUUAAUUAGAUGUAUAAAUGUGCAUAUCCUUAGCUUUAAGUGUCUGUAAAUGCUCAUGUAGUUUCUUUUAAAAAUGUCUAAAAAUAUAUAUGACCAGAAAUAUUCAUAUGUAAAAAAAUCUAGCAUCUAAAUAGUGUAGUCUAGCAAGAAAAGGAGAGAUGGGACACACUUACAUAAUUGGUUUUAACUACAGAGCUUUCAGGGCCCAUUGGUAGACUUUGUGGCUUUGCUACCUCUGCUUCCAGUCUACAGGCGAAGCCAGGCUUAAACAGGGUCUCUGCAGGUUUCAACUAGUCAAAUCUUCAACUUUUUAAGACUUCUAAAAGACCACAAUGAAGACAGUUAAGGACCCAUUUUACAUCCAUACUGGCAAAAAGGUACAAAAUCAGUACGCGUGACUGAAGUUUAUGCAUUUGUUUUCAAAUAAAAAAAUGUUAAUACAUUUUAAGACCUUUUAAAAUUGUAUCUGAUACAGUCAAUCAGCGGUUGCCUAAAGAGGAGAAAAUGUUGAUAAAAUCUGUGUUUUUUUUGAGCCUUAACCUGGUCAGGUGACUGUCCAGUUCGUCAUGUACCGAAGAAACCAGUCUGCCAAAAGCAGCAAAUUGCUCAGCAUUCCUGAGGUGGAGCCUCUACUCUGCGAGGAGGUGGAACUGGCAGUGUUAUAGGGCACAAUAACAGACCACCUGGCCAAGACUGGUCUGGUCAGUUUGUGUGUUUUUUUUUUUUUUCCUUUUAAAUCAAACCUUGAUCUUCAAAGAGAGUUAACAUUGCCAAAAGCUUAAUGGUUUUCUAUGCUGUUUGUCAUUUAACAGAAAUAUUGACCCAUGAAUUCCUUGAAUUUUUGGAAUAAAUCAACCAUGUUUUAUUUGCCAUCACACCCAGAAAAGAAAAAAACAGAUUAAUGCCACUUUUUUUUUUUUUUUUUUACUUGUUUGUUUGUUUUUCAAAAACCUGAGUGUCAAAAGAGUAUAAAGUGCCUGUAUUAUUAUUAUUUUAAAUUUCUGACAGGGUAAAUGCUGCCAAAGACAGCUGUAGUACCAUACAAGAAAGCAUUUUUAUGGGAUGCUUUUUUAUUAACCUAAUUUGCUAUUUGUAUGACAGAAACAUCAGAGUUUACUGGGAGUCGUCCUUCUAUUCCACCUGAAAAAAUUAUUUGACUUCAGGCAUGAUGUCCCUUCAUUUGUAUUUCAAAGGGGAUGUGUGCCUUCCUCUUUCGUUCUUGGUCUGGGCUCACUGCUCCUCUAGAAAUAAAUGAACAAAGCACAGAGUUUGUGCCUUUUGUUUUAUCCCUUUAAUUGGUUUUUGCGAAGCACUUUGAGACAACUGUUAAUGAAAGGUGCUAUAUUAAUUACAUUUAUGAUGAGUAUUCAAAUUUUAGGAUUAAACAGUCAACCUACAGUAAAUGAACUUUCUGAGCUAAAUUCAAUUCGCAUUUAAUUGAAAGUAGAUUUAUAAAUUUUUGAGAAGUUUAUUUCAGUUUUGUUUUAUCUGUUUCCUUGAAUAGCAAGUGCAUUUUCCAUUUUUCUUUGUUUUGUAACACCUUUGUGACAUUCAAAAAUAUUUGUAAGAGACAACCAUGACUACUUGGUUUUUUGUUUGAUUCACAAUAGAUCUAAAAUCAUGAACAUUUGUAAGAUAAUUGGAUAAGAGACAUGUUAAAUUAUGUUAAGAGUUUCAAGAUUAGGUUCUGUUAUGUGGUCAGGUUAAAAGCAGAAGACACUAGAGUCAAGUUAAUCUCAUUUUAAAACAAUCUUUUUCGCCUCAUUUAGGCAGUAAGAGUACAGAAAAGAAACAGAACAAAUAGUUCUCGCACUUCAAUUUUGUGGCAAGUGUGGAUAUGCAGCGUGUUUGUGGUGCUGCCACUGUUCAGACAGAUCAUCAGCUUGUCUUUCGUACUGAUGCGCAGCGCUCUCUACCUCAGAGUUAAUUGGAUGUGAUUGAUAUUUCUCCUUGUAUGUUUAUAGAGCUGGCUUGAAAUAUGAGUCUAAUGCCUUGUGUGAAAGCAGUCUGUGUAAAUCAAAUGAGUCCAUGUAUUAUUUAUGUUUUGGCGUGCACACAUUUGUUUGAUUCUUGGCCCUUUAUGUAAAGCAGUAUUAUAGAUUAAUGUAGAUACUUGAUUUCUGUGUGGGUGGGUAUUUUUGAUUUUGGUUUUCCUGAGAAAAAACAAAUUGCAAAUACAUGCAAUAUAGUAAAACUUUUUUAAAGCUGGGUAUAGUCUUUGCUAAUUAUUUUUUUAAUGUAAGGAUUAAUUCCCUUUAAUAUUUUCUCAGUCAUUUUUAAAUAAGACUUUUGAACUUGUAAGCAUAGCACUACUAAGCAAAUUUAUUGUAUAUAUUAAAAACUGUGAAUGUUUAUCAUAAGACACAUGGUAUAUAUAGGUUUUGGCUCAUCAACAGUGGUACUGUAUUCUUUAAAGGCACUUAAUUUGUUGCAUUGAGAAAUAUUGUCAGUUAUUUUUGUCAUUUUCAGCACUUUUCCAAUUAGGCUCACCAACUAUGUCUUCUGAUAUCAACUGUAUGUAAUACUGACAUUUUUGGAUUAUGACUGUAAACUUAUUGAUGAAAGUUUGAAUAAAAUUAAACAAUUCUUGGAUA